GUGAUGGCAGACUCCGACGCGCAAGAGACUCGCCAACCCGCAAAAGACUCGCCGUUCUCCAUCAAGAACCUGCUGAACAUCGACGACAAACCCACCAAGCCGAAAGGCUUCCUCGGCUCGUCCAAAGGAGUAUUUGAAGGCAGCUUCUUCUCUCGGCUCGGUGACUUAUCUUUCCCUCGAUUUGAGUUGCCCGCACAGAGGAUCGGACUAUCGGGGCAGUAUUUGGAAAGAACGUCCACCUGGUGGUACCCAUACACGCUUGGGGCUCAUCUGAGGACUGGGGGGUCUGAGAAGGCCAACCUCAGGGUGGUGUCGCCGGAGCUGGACAGGCGCUCCCCGGAUCUCCAAAAAAGUGACCAAGAUGUCAAAGAGGAGUGCGCCGACGACGAUAUCGCACUGGAUGAGAGCGACGCGGAAGAGCCAAAGAAAGAAACAGAGCAGGGGGACGACUGGAGGAGACAGACGGACGAGCUGGACUCCGAGAAGAAGCCCUGUCGGAAGAAGAAGACGCGCACGGUGUUUUCCAGGAGUCAGGUCUUCCAGCUGGAGUCCACCUUCGACAUCAAGCGCUACCUGAGCAGCUCGGAGAGGGCGGGCCUGGCCGCGUCCCUGCACCUGACGGAGACGCAGGUCAAGAUCUGGUUUCAGAACCGGAGGAAUAAGUGGAAGCGGCAGCUGGCCGCGGAGCUGGAGGCGGCCAACCUGAGCCAUGCGGCGGCGCAGAGGAUUGUGCGCGUCCCCAUACUUUACCAUGAAAACGGAGCCCCAGAAACGACCGGGGGCCCCGCUGCAAACUCACCGGGCAGCCAGUCGCUCCUGGCUUUUCCCCACCACAUGUACUAUUCCCACCCGGUCCCACUGCUGAGGCCUGUUUAA